AUGGCACCUGCCAUCUCAAAUGUGGAAAGGAGGCCGGCUACUGUAGAGGAUAUGAUCGAGUGGCUCAGGCGCGACGGAUUCCACAUUGGACUACUUGGUUGGUGUCCAGAAUGGGAUCCAUGUGCCAUCUUCGGGCUCCCUAGUUCUACCCCAGGACCACACGUGUUAGGUAUUCCGACAAGCUCUGCGGACAAGUCUGAUGGACAGCUACAACUUGAGUCAAAUGUCACGAUGGAUAUUGAUGGGAGUGCGGAGAUGAGUACAAACGCCGUGUUUCCAAAAGGACUUCUUGAAACCUCCCAUGCACAUUACGUGAGGACGAUGGUUAGAACACAUAAAAAGUUGCUUCCGGAUGCCCUUAAGGAAAUCGACCAACGGCUAGUAAAGGCGGGAGUGACACGGCAAGAAGUGGAAGCGCUCACUAGUGGGGAUGAGUUAGAGGCAUAUGAGAAGCUGGCAAGGUUAGAGCAAGCGAUGGCAAAGCUCCCUCUAUCUACUCGGUUACAGUUCCGCGCUAUGUUGGGAGACUUUGAGGGAAGUAUGCUCCGUCGUUUACCUGUGUUACAUCUGAACAAGUCUAAAAAUCUGGCAAGCAUUCAGGGGAGUUCGCAGCCCAGCGUUGCAUCGCAAAUCCUUGCAAAGAAACCUGGUUUCGAUAAGGAAGUUUGGGCUUACAAGAUAGCCGAGCGGGAUCAGAGCGGUUCAGAAGAAGAGAACUUUGAAGGAUGGAAAACGCUGUGUGAUGAGGAGGACUUCACCGAGCUCAAACAGGCCCUCUUGAAAGACGAAUUAAAAGAAGCUAAAAUCGCAAUUGUCUGUCAUGAAACUGCUUUCGAGACGAUGAAGCAGGGGAAGGAAGAAGGGCGCGGCAAAGAAGUACAUCAGCAGCCGAAAUUCCAUACAUCGAAUAGAGGAUUGGAUUACUACAUUGGCAUGAUAAACAGUGGCAGCAACUUGGGAAACACCAACUGCAACAUGGACGUCGACGAAUGCAUACCGACCUCUGAUGUCAUUGACUGGAACCAAGUGAUAAAUGCGAAGGUCGCAGGAUGGGAGGAGGAUCGACCGCAGUAGGUAGUUUAAUUAUGUGCGUUUUCUUAGGCGCCUAAACGGUCCAUAUGGUAGCAACACAGAAAUAAAAUAUAUUUCUUCCUGG